GUCUUGUCAAAAACAUGAUUUAAUGUAUCAAAAUUUAGGGUUACAAAAUAAAAUUAUCAGUGUCCAUAGUAAUGAAUAAGUACAUUAACUAACUAAAAGACAAGAAGACGAAAAACAGCCGUCAUGGAGCAAUUGUACCUGAUUGAGUUUAUGAUAGACCGAGUGGCGAUAUUUGUAUCCGAAGACGAUGAGUCGAAAAGCGCAGAACACAAGCUCAUAAUUAAAUUAGCAUUUGGCCCUAAGAACCAAUUCAUCAUUAAAGAACAGCAAAUGGCCAAGAAUUCAAAAGUUGAAGAUGACAUUAUUGAAUGCGAUGAGAACGGGCAUAGAAAAUGGUCCAGAAUAUUCAGAGUAGGCAAGUCGUUCUUAUUUCCUAGCUGCUCCGAUACCGUAUUAAAUAUACUGGACAAGUUCCCACUUGAAAUAGAAGUCUGGACCGAUGAAGAAGAUGAAAUAAAUGAGUUCAUUGGAGUUGGCACAAUGUUCUGGGAAAAGGAUUUUUACCAGUUACUAAAGGACUCUGCUGAACCAUGUAAACUCCACUCGCCUCUGAGUAUCAAACAACGCACCAAACUCAUGGCCGAGUGUUGUUGCAAGCAGGUCGGGGAAAUUGACUUUAUUCUUAGAGUAAGUGCUCUGGGUGAAUCGAUCACCACAGAAUUCCAGCAACUGAUGGAUGAUCCUGAAAACUUCGUAUUUAGAACCAAUAGAGCUCCUAGCAUGUUCAAAUGUAAACGUGUGGAGGGUGAUGAUCCUAACUUUACUAUGAUCGGGAGUCUUUACGAGACUACUACGUUAGAAGAUCCAGAUGUGAUUAAUAAUGCCCGUAAGAAAAUUGAAGUGUGCACAGAAUUGCAAAGUUGUGGCCAAAAAAUUGACGCGGAUCUUAGAUGUGAACAUGAAAAGAAAUCUAAGAAAAAGGAAUAUCCUAUUGAUAAAAUCAAAAUGGGAGACAUUAGAGGUCCAUGUGGUAAUACUAAUUGCGCGCUUGCUCAUAAAGUAAGGUGUUACAUAAGGAAUCUCGAUACAUAUAAACAAAAAGCUGGUUCAUUAGCAACUAAAGAUACUACGAAUAGAACGAAAAAGGUCUGCGGUGCUUGUGACUGUAAAGAUGAUCGUUAUCAUCGCGAAGAGUGUCCUGACAAGAUUGCAGGCCCGAAAGCUGUGUGCCAGGAUUGCGGCGGUAAUGUUCUGCCUGGUCACACAUGUAAGGAACAAGAAGACAAAAUGGAAAACUGUAUGAAACCGAAUAACCCUAAAGAUUCCGCCAAACAGGACAAGAAUUCUGCGGCAGUCGCCUACGUGCUAAGCGUACCGACGUUUAAAGAGGCAAAUCAAAACAUUGACUAUGCUUACUACCAAUAUUUAAACACUAAAGAAAGCCAAUCAAUUACUGAGAAGAAAGGAGGCUGCUGUAGCUGUGGCUGCAGUAAAGGAGGUACUAUGCCUCCAAAAGAAUCUACGUACAAUUCAUUAAGUGUUCCUAACUUGCAAUCGAAUGAUAAGAAGUCUUCACGCACUAUAUGCUCCAAUACUCAAUUCGUGUACAAUCUGACUGUAACUCCAGAUAAACUUUGUCUGGACAUUCCCGAUGACAAAGAUUGCAAAUGCAACCCGCCAGUACCCACUCCAUCGUGCAAAACUUUUGAUUGCGUUUGUUUAACUGAGGCAUUAAAUAUAGCUGCCAGGAAGAAGCACAAAGCGUAUUGUCCUCUGUACAAGCACAAAACUACUUGCCCUGUCACCAGGAUGUUAGAGGAUAGAGGAGAGGAAAAGGCUGAAGAAGACGAGGAGGCAGCAGAGCCGUUACCUUACGGCCUGCCUCCGAUUAAACUUGGCCCUUGUCCGGUCAUAGGCAGACCUUGUACUGUUCCAGAUGGUUUUGCAAGAAUGUACAAAACUGCUGCGCAACCACCACUUCCCCCGAGUUACAGUGACGCUGGAAAAGUUUGUUGUUCCAAAGAAUUUGAAAGAAUUAAGGCCGCUAUAAGGGAAUACAUGAAAUAUGAGAAAGAAAGAGACAUGCGAUGCGUAAACACAUUUAAUGUGGACACCGAGAGAAGGUGUUGCGACAAGGAACAGAUUCUUCUGUCGCAGCUGGGAAAAAGCUGCUGCGGAGUGCACAAGUUAGCUAUACAAGAGAAGUUUAAAGAAGACAAAAAGUGAAAAUAAUAGCUUUAUCAUUGACUAUUUUAUUUUGUAACCCGAUAACAUCAUUAUAAAUUUUGAUAUAA